AUGUCUAAUAUUAAUAAAUUAAAAUCACCUAAUUAUAUGUCUUUCGAAUUAACUGAAAUAAAUACAAACAAUAAUAUGUCUCUCGAAUAUAUUGAUCCCGAUACAAAUAUGUAUACUGAAGUAACAGAAAUACAGGCAUCGUUUAGUAUGUCAUUCGAAUUAGCUGAAUCAGAAGCAACAAACACCAACACUGCCUUAUCAACGCUUGAACCUGCAGUAUCCAAUCAAAAUCGCGUAGGCCGAAAACGUUCUUCCUCAAAAUUGGCAAAAAGCACUAUGUCUCAAGAUGCUGAAAACAUAGAAACUGCACGUGAACCUUAUGCACGUCGAAAAUCCAUCCUUAUCAAUCUUCAGCUUGAACAGCGAUAUAUGCAAUGCCGAAAUGUCUAUGCACAACAAACAGAAACGGAAUCAAUAGAAAAAGCUGAAGAACGAAGAUCAAAGCGCAGAAAAUUAAAUAUACUUGCUUCUUAUAGUGCCCAAGUCGCAGUACUCAUGGUUGAAAGCGGUGAUGACUCUGAGCCUUUAAAUCAUGAUAUCAUUCUUCGUAAACAUAGAGGAGGCUUGCAACGAAUUUCUCAAAUCUGUUCUUCUUAUAGCCCAUUGCAUUAUCAUCCAAAUAUCCCAGCAUGUAUUGAACCAGAAGAUGUGCAAUCAAAUGACAAUGACGAAACCUUUAACAUUUCGGAAGACGGCAGUGAGGAAGAAACUCAACAGCAAACGCAAAAUCCAAAUCUGCUACUAUCAGAUGAUGAAAUAGAAAAUCGUGCAUUAUGCUUAGUAGAUGACCUUUUAUUACAACAAGGAAAAUCGUUAAAAGAUUUUCCUAAUAUGCCAAUUCCUAUAGCAGGCAACGAAGACGAAAAUUCCCUAAUAGCUGAAGAGUUAACUCAUGAUAAAGAAAUACUUGCCGAAUUUGUUGAUUGUUAUGAAAAUCUUUUAAAUGAUGAUCAAAAAAAAAUUAUACAUGACUGCAACAAUUCUCAAGAAUUAAUCGAUUUUGUAUAUCCAGAAUUACAGUUACGUUCACUAGAUGCGAAUUAUCUGCUUGAGAGAGGAAUUCUUGCUCCAAGAAAUGUAGAAGUUGAUGAACUGAAUUCGGAAGUACUUGCACAAUUUCCUGUGCGGAUUCUCUAG